UCCGAUUUCAGGAAGUAGCAUCGAGCUAACAGCAGGGAGCAGGAAACAGGAGGGAGGAGGGAACAGAAAACUGAAACUCUGGAGGUGUUUCCGGCAGUUGUACAAUGAAGACGCCACUGUGAGGGUUACUGAACUUCGAGACAAUGAUCCGGACUUUUUGUGGAGCGACUGUGAAGGCUGUCGGGACGGCGAGGCCCAUAAAGGAGGUCAGACGGCUACACAGCUCCUAUGACGUGGCGGUGGUGGGAGGGGGGAUCGUGGGUCUGGCCACCGUCAGAGAGCUGAUCCUGAGACACCCGACGCUCAGCUUCAUCCUGCUGGAGAAGGAGAAGGAGCUCGCGGUUCAUCAGAGCGGUCACAACAGCGGAGUGAUCCACAGCGGGAUCUACUACACACCCGGCUCUCUGAAGGCCCGGCUGUGUGUGCGCGGCGCCACGUUAGCAUACGAGUACUGCGACAAGAAGGGCCUGCCCUACAAGAAAUGUGGAAAGCUGAUCGUGGCCACAGAGCAGGAGGAGAUCCCCCGGCUGCAGGCUCUGUACGAGCGCGGCAUGAAGAACAACGUGAGAGACCUGAGCAUCGUGGACGCCAAGGGCAUCCGUGAGAGAGAGCCGUACUGCAGGGGCAUCAUGGCUCUGGACUCUCCGUACACCGGCAUCGUGGACUGGAGGAUGGUGGCUCUGCGGUACGGGCAGGACUUCGAGGAGGCGGGGGGGACGGUAGUGACGGAGUCCGAGGUCAACGACAUGCUCGUGCCGGAGAGCCAGGCCGGGAGCACUGAGGGUAUGAAAUACCCUAUUGCAAUCAGGGAUAAGAAGGGCAGGGAGGUGCGGUGCCGCUACGUGCUGACCUGCGGGGGUCUCUACUCGGACCGCCUCUCUCAGAUCUCGGGCUGCAGCCGGGAGCCGAGGAUCGUUCCCUUCAGAGGAGACUACCUGGUGCUGAAGCCCGAGAAACACUACCUGGUGAAGGGGAACAUCUACCCUGUCCCUGACCCCCGGUUCCCCUUCCUGGGAGUCCACUUCACUCCGAGGAUGGACGGGAGUGUUUGGCUCGGUCCGAACGCCGUGCUGGCCUUCAAACGGGAGGGCUACAAAGUUUACGACUUCAACGCUCGGGACUUUGCAGACGCUCUCUCGUUCAGGGGUCUUCAGAAGCUGGUGAUGAAGAACGUGGUGUACGGGAUGGGAGAAAUGUAUCGAGGGAUCUUCAUUGGUGCGCAGGUGAAGAUCCUGCAGAAGUACAUCCCCGAACUCUCACUGAGUGACGUGCUCAGGGGUCCUGCAGGGGUCCGGGCUCAGGCUCUGGACAGAGAUGGGAACCUGGUGGACGACUUUGUGUUUGACGGCGGCGUCGGGGAUGUGGGCAGCCGGGUUCUCCACGUGAGAAACGCCCCGUCACCCGCCGCCACCUCAUCACUCGCCAUCGCUGAGAUGGUGGCUGACGAGGUGGAGAAACGCUUCGAGCUGUAGAGCAAGAUCACAGAAUGAAUAGAAAACCAAAAAUCCUCCUUAUCUUGACAGGGUGAAAAUAUGUGUGAUCCAACUGUCCCUACCUCAGCACUACUGCCAUCGUGGAGAAUGCUUUUGUCUCAAGCCUUAAUUGUGAGGAGGAAUUGACAUAUUUCACUUUUUAAAAACAGUUUUUAAGUUGCUUAACAUGUUAACUUUACCACAUUUCAAGCUAAAUAUAGUUGUUCUGCACUAUAUGUCUGUCAAAAACAAAGUGCAAAAGGAGUUACUUUUAGUGAUGUUAAACAAAACAUGGACUACUAGUACAGCCUUUAGACUUGGUUAGCUGGCCUGCUAACGCUAGUCUACAAAUGCUAAUAAUACAGGUGUUCAGGCAGGAAAUAACUAAGCAUAACUUAGCUCUUAGUUAGCUGACAACAAGUUGAAGCUCUCAUGACUUAACACUGACCCUCAUUAGCAUAUUUUUUUGUUUUUAAAGCAAAUGACAAGUAGCAAGUUAAACACUUAGCAACAUUGUGAUUAGCCGUUAGCUCAUUUUAGUUAGCCGCCAUUUUACAGUAGCAGCGGGCUAGCAUCCAAGCUACAUGUUUCAGAUGAGAACAAGUCUUAUCAGUUUAACGUUUUAGACAUAAGAGAUUUAGCAUUUUAAAUGAGGGUUUUUAAGACUGUAAAUCUUGUGUGGUACUUUUGAUGACAUGCGGUUUAUAUUUCUGACUUCUCACUCUGUGUUUUAAUAUUUGAAUACUGUAAAGCCUUCUGCUUUUUGUCAAAGAUAACCCAGAAAUUAAUAAGAAUAUGAAAAAGAAGGAUUUUGUCCUAAAAAAUGUACCCUUAUCAGUCACUGCAAAAAAGGUGAUGAUUUGUAGUGUUUUGUCAACACUCUGUAUGAAAAUGGGAUUUAUUUUUGUAUUAUCGAAUGUCAUAACGCAAAGUUAAUCUGUCUUAUCUUCAAAUCAUAUCAACAGUUAACAAUAUAGUGCAAUGUCAUAUUCAUAUUAAUGUAAGGAGUUGUGGUGCCUAAUUUGCUCUUUUUUACAGCUUCAAAAGCUUCACAUAUUGCAGACAAUGUUAAUGUGAAAUUGCUUUUAUUUCAUGCGAUUUAUUGCCAAUGAAUAUAAAGUAUUUUGUACCAUAAAUACAUAUUUUUGAAGAGCAAACGUA